UCCUCCUUAUUGAAAAGCGCACAAUCAUUAAAGCCAUUAUUUGACAGAGUCUUGGUCCAAAGAUUAAAGCCGGCCACCAAGACCGCUUCCGGUAUCUACAUUCCAGAAAAGAACCAAGAAAAAUUGAACCAAGCUACCGUCAUUGCUGCCGGUCCAGGUAUCACUAACACCACUACUGGUUCUGUUAUCCCAACUUCGGUUAAGGCUGGUGACAAAGUUUUAUUACCUUCAUUCGGUGGUAACCCAGUCAAGGUUGGUGACGAAGAAUACUUAUUGUACACUGAUAAGGAAAUCUUAGCCAAGAUUGAAGAAAACUAA